AUGCUGGUGCAAGAUGUAACCCGGACAUAUAACGUUAAGGACACUUGGGCUGGUGGAGAGCAUGGCGCGAUUUUGCUCGAUGACGGCGACUAUCUCGACACGAACGACAUGACUCCAGAUGAAAUAGCUGCAUGGGCGACGCACAUGGAUACUGAGAACACCGCAUGCAUCAACGUUCCUUCGGAAGCCAGACUCGCUGCAGUGCGGGCAGAAGUGCUGCAAGCUCUAGCCAUGAUGACCUGCGGGGCGCGGGAGUUCCUAGAAGAGACUGAGUAUGACCUGGAGUACGGACAGGAUACCUUCAACAUGCCCGGCUUAUUCCAAUCAUUCAAGAAGGAAGAGGCGAGGCGAAGCGGCAUGGUAGAAUCCCAUAUCGUCUCACCGUCAGGAUAUGCGACGUCCCUGUUGCAUCUGCAGCUGCACUACCCAACGUUCACGACAAAGCAUCUCAACGACGGUCAGACGCUAGACGCAACCAACUGUUGCAUCCGAAUCCUCAUCGAGAAGGGCUUCGUGGCGAGCAACACCUAUUGGUUUGAAGCGUACUUCCGCCGUCUGAGCGCGGCGUCCGUACGUCACCUCGCGAAUGUUGCCGACGGGUGGAAAGAGGAGGUGAAACAACUGCAUGACGAAUUUGCCUACAGAUGUCAGUCGCUGUCGAAGAAGGUCCUACUAGUAUUUGGCGCCUUUAACAGAAAGCGCUUCCAUGAGCGACACAACGUGGAGAAUAUCACAGUUCGACUAUCAUGCGGCAGCACGACGCUCAUGGGCAUAGUGCGCAACAACGCCCAAAAGAUUCUGUUCGUCGUCGUGUACGCCUGGCAUCCGGAAUAUCUACUAAGGAACCGAACCACGGCAGUCGGUCGACAGUAUGACGCAGCUUUGAACAUUGCUGCGGCAUUGAGCGGCGUAGACACCAAAGCAGGGUACUUCGAAGCCCGAGCAGCGAGAACGCAUGAGAAGAGCGGAAGAAGCCCAACCCAGAGCAAGUCGACAAUCUCUCAGCCCCCUCCAUCCCUAGCUCUCGUGACCGCCACAGAAAGAGAAAGAGAGAGGAAGAACAGAGCCAACGAAGCCGAGGCGCUCAAGAAAGAGCCCACUCAAAAGACACUGCGAUAUCGGAGAACUGAGAAUCACACCAGAGACGUGCCCCUUCACAUCUACAGACUGAGCGGCCUGGCGAUUAUCUUGACUGCAAGAUUAGAUGACGCCUUUCGGCAACCCGUCCCACCAUUAACCCUCUCCACCCUCCGCCAACACUUCCCCUCCCUCCCACCAUGGGCCGUCUCCGCCUUCUCCGAGAUCUACAACGCAGUCCACAUCUUCAAGAACCCCCAACUCGCCGCAAUAAUCCCGCAACGCCAACUCUCGCCCGAAUCCCGCGCGUUGCUCAACAUCGCCAUCCUGCCUAUGUCAGGCUACAAAUACGGCAACAACAAAGGGCCGAUGCUGGACUGUAGUGUCAGUAUACGGGAAUUGUUUGAGGAUGAAAAGAGCUAUGAAUGUGGGAAGGAACAGGUUGUUUUGGUGAGGUUGGGGAGGGAGUGUGAGAAGUUGUGGAUGGGGAGGUGGGAUGAGGAUGAGGAUGGGAUUGAAGGUUGGACGGGGGAUGUUGUCUUGAAUCGAUAG